GCAGGCGGAGCUCCUCAACAAUUUGCGGGGCGUCUUCGGCGAGGUCUCAAGGCAUUACGGCGUCCCUUUGGGCGAUUUCCCGAAGACGGACGAGAUGAGGAGAUCGGACGGCUGCAGGGCGUCGACUUCUCGCGGAUCAGAAGGUGGGAGACGACGAGGAACAGGCGACCACCGAGGAGGAUGCUACCCUCUUUGGCCUAUCUUCAGUCAGGUUGGACGUGGGCAAGCUCCGCAUGGUAGACGAGCUGCUGCAGAUCGGAGGGCAUUCCAGAUCUGUUGGCCAUGAUUCCCAGCCAGGCACUGCCGCCACCUUCGGCGCCAAGUCCAAACAUGAGCAGCCUCAACAUGAGCAGGGGAUCGCUUGCAUGAGCGCACGCGUCCUUCUGAGGGAUGGGGGUGAAGAAAGGGUGACUAGCAGAGAGGAGGGCCCCCAUGCGGGAAGCGCCGGUAUGGGAGAAGGACGCUUGUGUAGUGGAGAGGGCGACAAGGACCGUGAUAUUGAAGUGGAGGAAAAAAUGCACUGUGCCAAAUCUAGGGUCAAGGCGGGAGUUGCCCCCGAGUGAAAGUUCUCGAAUUGCUGAUGUGAUGCGAGCGUCCAGCUUAUUGUAUUCAUCUGCUUAUGUAAUGUGUAGGCGAGGCUCUUCAGCAAGACCGUGCAAAGUGUUUGUAUUAUUGCCCGAGUGUGGCAGGGUGGCAAUGAACCGUCACUGUUACGCUCUGGAAUGUAAGCACUUUUGCAGUGUGCAUGCCUAGGAGCCUUCCGCUUGUGCACCUCACGUUCGCUUGCCCUUAUUGUUCUUAUGUGUCGUCGUCCCCUUUCCCCCCUCUCGAGAUGAAGUGCCACAUCACGGCUGGCGAGCCGAGGUGCAUGCAGGUGGCGCCUUUCUCUGCAGCGCGUUGUGAUAGGCGGCUCUAAAGGAGACCCUGCGAGCGGGUGCCGCGCGCGCAGUCAAAGGCCGAGCGAGCAGC